AAAGUGUUUUCUGGGCUGCCUCGACUGCGAUUUCUACAGCGCUGUUCUGAAUAUAGGUUUUUAUUUUCAAACUGAUCGAAUGAGUCGAGUCUGUAUUGUUGUUUUGGAGGAGGUAGAAGAUGAUUCUCCCACAUUUAUUUCCAAAUUACCUCAGGAAAACCUAUCUCUGCAUCCAUCACCUUCUGGAAAUGUGUUGCCACCACUGGUUCAAGCGAUAUUUAAUGGGGAUCCUGAUGAAGUUCGAGCACUAAUAUUUAAGAAAGAAGAUGUUAACGUUCAGGAUAAUGAAAAAAGGACCCCUUUACAUGCUGCUGCCUAUCUGGGAGAUGCAGAAAUUAUUGAACUACUUAUUUUAUCUGGAGCUAGAGUUAAUGCCAAAGACAGCAAAUGGUUGACUCCUUUACAUAGAGCUGUUGCAUCUUGUAGCGAGGAUGCUGUUCAGGUGUUGUUAAAGCAUUCAGCAGAUGUCAAUGCCCGUGACAAAAACUGGCAGACACCUCUACAUAUAGCGGCUGCAAAUAAAGCUGUUAAGUGUGCUGAAGCUUUGGUGCCUCUUCUAAGUAAUGUAAAUGUAUCAGAUCGAGCAGGAAGAACAGCAUUGCACCAUGCAGCCUUCAGUGGACAUGUUGAGAUGGUCAGUUUGUUGUUGUCGAGAGGUGCCAAUAUUAAUGCAUUUGACAAGAAAGACAGACGGGCUAUACAUUGGGCAGCUUAUAUGGGUCAUAUUGAAGUAGUGAAAUUACUUGUGGCCCAUGGGGCUGAAGUGACUUGCAAAGACAAAAAAUCUUAUACACCUUUACAUGCUGCUGCUUCCAGUGGAAUGAUCAGUGUGGUCAAGUAUCUUCUAGAUCUUGGAGUUGAUAUGAAUGAACCAAAUGCCUAUGGAAAUACACCUCUCCAUGUAGCUUGCUACAAUGGACAAGAUGUUGUAGUAAAUGAACUUAUAGACUGUGGUGCUAAUGUAAAUCAAAUGAAUGAGAAAGGUUUUACGCCUUUGCACUUCGCUGCUGCAUCAACACAUGGAGCAUUGUGUUUAGAGCUUCUGGUCUGUAAUGGUGCAAAUGUCAAUAUGAAGAGUAAAGAUGGGAAAACACCAUUGCACAUGACAGCAAUUCAUGGUAGAUUUUCAAGAUCCCAAACCAUCAUCCAGAAUGGAGCUGAAAUAGACUGUGAAGAUAAGAAUGGAAAUACUCCAUUGCACAUAGCAGCUAGAUAUGGCCAUGAACUACUAAUCAACACUCUGAUUACGAGUGGUGCUGACACUGCAAAGCGGGGUAUACAUGGGAUGUUUCCUCUCCAUUUGGCAGCUUUAAGUGGAUUUUCAGACUGCUGCAGAAAACUCCUUUCAUCAGGCUUUGAUAUAGACACCCCAGAUGACUUUGGCAGGACUUGUCUUCAUGCAGCUGCAGCUGGCGGGAAUUUGGAGUGCCUAAACCUUCUUCUCAACACUGGUGCAGACUUCAACAAAAAGGACAAAUUUGGGAGAACUCCACUCCAUUAUGCUGCUGCCAAUUGUAAUUACCAGUGCCUCUUUGCCCUUGUGGGAUCUGGAGCUAGCGUGAAUGACCUUGACGAGAGGGGUUGUACUCCACUGCACUAUGCAGCUGCAUCAGACACAGAUGGAAAGUGCCUGGAAUACUUAUUAAGAAACGAUGCAAAUCCAGGGAUUCGAGACAAACAAGGAUAUAAUGCAGUUCAUUAUUCUGCUGCUUAUGGUCAUCGCUUAUGUCUUGAAUUGCUAAUGGAAACAUCAGGUACUGAUAUGCUGAAUGAUUCGGACAACAGAGCACCAAUUAGUCCUUUGCAUUUAGCUGCUUAUCAUGGUCACCAUCAAGCAUUAGAAGUGCUUGUGCAGUCGUUAUUGGAUCUUGAUGUGAGGAACAAUAAUGGAAGAACACCACUGGAUCUUGCAGCGUUCAAGGGCCACGUUGAAUGUGUGGAUGUACUCAUUAAUCAGGGAGCAUCAAUCUUAGUGAAGGAUUAUGUUGUAAAGAGAACCCCAAUACAUGCUGCAGCUACAAAUGGCCAUUCAGAAUGCUUGCGAUUGUUGAUAGGAAAUGCAGAACCACAGAAUGCAGUCGACAUUCAAGAUGGAAAUGGCCAGACUCCUUUGAUGUUGUCUGUUCUCAAUGGGCACACAGACUGCGUUUAUUCUUUGCUUAACAAAGGAGCAAAUGUAGAUGCCAAAGAUAAAUGGGGAAGGACAGCAUUACACAGAGGGGCAGUGACUGGCCAUGAGGAAUGUGUGGAAGCGCUGCUUCAACAUGGUGCUAAGUCCACAUUACGAGACUGCAGGGGUCGAACACCUAUACACUUGUCAGCUGCAUGUGGCCAUAUUGGUGUUUUAGGAGCUCUUUUGCAGUCAGCAACAUCUGUGGAUACAGUACCUGCAAUAGCAGACAAUCAUGGAUAUACGUCACUGCACUGGGCUUGUUAUAAUGGUCAUGACAGCUGUGUAGAGCUUCUUUUGGAACAAGAAAUUUUCCAGAAAAUGGAAGGGAAUUCUUUCAGUCCAUUGCAUUGUGCUGUGAUAAAUGACAAUGAAGGUGCUGCAGAAAUGUUAAUUGACACUCUUGGUGCUGGCAUUGUAAAUUCAACAGAUUCUAAAGGAAGAACACCCCUUCAUGCAGCAGCUUUCACAGAUCAUGUGGAGUGUUUACAGCUUCUCCUUAGCCACAAUGCUCAAGUAAACGCUGUAGAUUCUUCUGGGAAGACACCUUUGAUGAUGGCUGCAGAAAAUGGGCAAACCAAUACAGUUGAGGUGCUGGUUAGCAGUGCGAAGGCUGAUCUGACCUUGCAAGAUGGUAGUAAAAACACUGCACUUCAUUUGGCUUGCAGCAAGGGUCAUGAAACUAGUGCCUUGUUAAUACUGGAGAAGAUUACAGAUAGAAACCUCAUCAAUGCCACCAAUGCAGCCUUGCAAACACCUCUGCAUGUUGCUGCCCGAAAUGGAUUGACAGUUGUAGUUCAAGAACUCUUAGGGAAGGGAGCAAGUGUCCUUGCUGUAGAUGAAAAUGGUUACACACCAGCUUUGGCCUGUGCUCCCAAUAAGGAUGUAGCCGAUUGUCUUGCUCUCAUUUUGGCCACAAUGAUGCCUGUUUCCUCCAGCAGCACAUUACCUUCCCUUACGUUCAAUGCCAUUAAUCAUUACACCAACACCUCAAAAACUGUUACCUUUGAUUCCUUGCCAAUCAUGAGGAGUGACCAUAGUUCUUACUGUAGUUUCAACAACAUUGGCAGGGAAGAUGGCUACCCAUAUACAGAAGAGGAUGAACUUAAUGACUCAGACUCUGAGACCUAUUAAGAGACUUCUUUUGACGAUCUGGAGAGUGAACAGUUGUUGGAAAGUCAGUCAUGCUUUUGAACAAAACAUUUAGUUUUGGAUACAAAAGAGGACAGACCCAUGAGAAGGAACUUUUAUUGGGAUGCAUAUGAAAGAUCUGUAUGAGACUGAUUUUAAAGGAUUGCAGAAGAAGCAUUAACACUUGGAAUCCAUGGCAAAAAAAAAAUAAUUAAAGAAUGUCAAAACCAUUUUAUUUAAUUGUAUUUUACCAUUUUGUUUGUGGUGCCAGGAGUAAUUUCUGCAGACUGUGCACCCCAGUCUAUGUAAAUGAACGAUACUGUUGUACAACAAACAGGACACUAGAUUUAAAUCUUAUCAAUAAAAACUAAAACCAUUUUGAAGGCAAUAAACGAGUUUGGUACAGUAGGCAUUGUUUGUGCAGCAAAUUGCCAAAGGACCAAAUAAGCUAAAGAUUUUUAAAUACCUUUUUGUGGAAACUGGAAUAGGUUAAUUGAGGAGUUGUCUUAACUAAACCUUAAUUACUUCUGGAAGUGAAGAUCAGAUUUGGUUUUAAACGUUGAAUUCUUUUUUUUCUUUAUCACCCUAAAAGCUUUCAGAUGCUCUUAAAUGUACCAUGAAAAUAGCAGAUGUAUUUUUCAGUUUCUUUUCCUUUUAAAUGAAAUGGAAAUGAACUUGUCAUACUUUUAUAAUACUAAAAUGAAAACCAGCUAACAAGGUGCAGUCAGGGUGAUAAUGUACAGUGUAAUAAACAAGGGAUGGGGGGAGGGAAGCAGUAAUUGUUGCACAGUUUUAGAUUUUUAACUUUUGGUUUUUGAAUUGAGAUUAUUUAAAAUUAAAUGAAAGGGUAAUUACUGGGAACGUGCAAAAAAUACAAAUUUAAAUGAAAUGUCUUGACAACCUGUUGUAGCUGCAGUUUCAUAGGGAGUGAUUUUUUUUUUGACAAUUCACCCACUUUACAUCAUAAAAUUUGUACGCGAAAUCAAAUCAGUGUUUCCGUUGUAAUUUUUUUUUCAAUCCUGGAUUUAUGAGUAAAAAAUGAAUUCAGAUUUUUCAGUACUGAAAAGGUAGAGUGUCAGAUCUGGGAAGAGCUAUAUAUCUGUGUUGUGCUCCAUUUAGAAAAACAACAAAAACAGGUCCCUGUAAUAUACUUCAAACUUGCCCUAAGAUUUUUUUUAUUAUUAUUAUUUAUAGCAGACUACUGUUUUUUUAAAUAUAUAUUGCCUGAAGAAUGAAAGAAUGUCCCACAAGCUGAUGUUUGUUUGUUAAAUAUGAGUAUCUACUUUAUUUGACUCUGCUUUAACUAUAACUGUUACUUUUCAAGUGAAAUUGUUUAUGUACAUGCAAGGAAUCCUUGCAUGUCCCAGCAAAGUACAAAUAAAUUACUACGAAUCGAUUCCAAUUUUCCUUUUAUCCUUUUUGUAUUGUGUAACUGGAAACCUUGUUGCUAUUGUACAUUGAUCAGCUGGUUUUCUGAACAUAAAGUGUGGAAACAGGACAAUAUUUUGAUCUAUUUGAUAAUUUUGUGGGUUUUUUGAAGAAUUAAUGAGCAUGUACAUAGAAAUAGUGACUGCUUGAAUACUGUAAUUACCUGCACUCUUUCAGUACAUCCAGAUUCCUGUAUAUUUUACGGAGUAUAAUAAAACCCAGAUGUGA